CUCGUGGGACUUGUUGGACUUGUCGGGCAGCGGCGCGUGGUGCACAUCGUCGCCAUGGCUCUGGUUCAGGUCCUGGCGUGUCUCUUCGCGGCGGUGGGGGUCGUCCUGGGUGCGCCGACCUGGCUCGGGGGCGGGGCUGGACCCCACGGCGUCGAGGGCCAGGCCCCGCAUCACGCCCAGUCCUACGUGUCCUUCGGCGGCCCCGUCGCCGCCACCCCAGUGCACCUGCCCGUCGGCCCCCGUCACCUCGUGCCAAGUGGUUACGCCCACGCCCACGCCCCCGAACCAGUGGCCUACCCCAAGUACGCCUUCAAGUACGGCGUCCACGACGCGCACACCGGCGACGUCAAGGACCAGUCCGAGCACCGCGACGGCGACGUGGUGAAGGGCGAGUACUCGCUGCUGCAGCCCGACGGCACCAAGCGCACCGUGCACUACACCGCCGACCACCACAGCGGCUUCAAUGCCGUCGUCUCCAUCAGCGGCCACGCCAUCCACCCCGAGACCCCCAAGAUCGUCCACGCGCCCGUAGUCCCGCACGGCCUGCCCGCCAUGCCCACCCUCGUCAAGACGCUGUACGCCGCCCCGCUUCCCGCAGCCCACGGCGUGUCCCACGGCGGAGCGACGUCCUACGCCAACGGGGGCCUCAUCUCCCAGUGCACCGCCCCGACCAGCCACACCAUGUCCUGCACCAAGAUCGUCGUCCUGCUGGGAGUGCUGGGCCUGGCGGCGGCGCGCCCCGGCGCCGAGUCCUACGUGUCCUACGGCCACGCCCCCCUCAUCCACGCCCCCAUCGUCCACCACGCCCCCGUCGUCCACCACGCCCCGGUCCUGGUGCAUCAUGAGCCCGUCGCCCACCCCGCCUACGCCUUCAAGUACGGCGUCCACGACGCGCACACCGGCGACGUCAAGGACCAGUCCGAGCACCGCGACGGCGGCGUGGUCAAGGGCGAGUACUCCCUGAUCCAGCCCGACGGCACCAAGCGCACCGUGCACUACACCGCCGACGACCACAACGGCUUCAACGCCGUGGUGUCUUACAGUGGACACGCCGCCCACCCCGCCCACGCCCCGCUGCUGCACCACUACUGAGCCCUCGAGCGCCUCGAAGGCCGUCAUCCUCAUCCACAUCACCCUCAUGGUGCCGCCCAGCACCGCUCCACUGCCCCAAUGUGAUAAUACAUCUUAGUAUACGUGUGUGUGCUCAUCUGUGUGUGUAACUGUGUACAUAAAAAAAAAUGAAGGUAUCUGCAAUGCAAGUAAAAUGCCUGAAAGUACAAAAAAAGUCAAAAUAAAUGAUC